AUGUCAUACGAGUCAAAUCGACGUUUAUUUUCUUUAUUAAUUAUUUUUAUUAUUAUCAUUCGAGUAGCAAAAACGGAAAAUUUUAUAUGUGAAAAAGAUGGUUUUUUUCCAGAUAAACGUGAUUGUUGGAUUUAUCAUAUUUGCGUUGGUACAACACAUUCAGUCAAAGCUUGUAAAGACGAUCUUUUAUUUAAUCCACUUAAAAAUGAAUGUGAUUGGGCUAUGAAUGUUAAUUGUAAUCAUACAUCAUAUGAAGAUACUCUUCCAGCUACAACAGCAACACAUAUUCUUUAUUCACCAGAUUAUAAGAUUCCUUCGAAGAAUAAUUCAUCACGUGGUUCGAUCUUUGAUUAUUUAUGUCAAUCUGUUGAUAAUGACUAUAUAGCUCAUUCAACUGAUUGUAAACAAUAUGCUUAUUGUGCAAAUGGCGUACCACAAGCUAAACUUUGUAAAAAAGGUUUAUUUUGGUCACAAGCUGAAAAAAUUUUUCUUCGAAAAUUUACAGGUCCAGUGAAGAGUCUUCUUACUUCUGCACCAUCUAUUUCGUUAUCGACUGUUCGUAAUGUUCCAUGGAUACGUCGAGACACAACUUAUCCGUCAUCCUAUAUUUUAACUGAUUCACCAGUUCCUCAACCAUCAUCUGAUAUUUAUAAACCAUCAAUAAUAUGUCCUUCAAGUCAAUCAUGGCGUGUACCGGAUCCAUAUGAUUGUUCAAUUUAUCAUGAUUGUUAUCAUGGUACUGAUCUUAUAUCACAUUGUCCAGCACAACUUCAAUAUAAUCCUGAAAAACAAAGUUGUGAUUAUACACAAAAUGUUCUAUGUAAUAAUAAAUGUACAGAUAAAAAUGAAGGUGCUCGUUUUGUUGAUUUAACAAGCUGUUGUCAUUAUUAUGAAUGUAUAUCAGGUAAAUUAAUUCUUCAAUCAUGUUCACAUCCAAAUUUAUUUGACAUACAAAUUCGUAAAUGUUUACCAUAUAAAAAGGUAAAAUGUGAUGGACGACGACAAUGUUUAAGUAAAUGUCAUUAUUUAUCGAAUUAUGAUGCUGGAAAAAGUUUAUGUGGUUUUGUUCCAUCAUGUGCUGGUCAUGGUGAUGGAUUUUAUCUUGAUCGAACGAAACCAAAUUGUCAAUCAUAUAUACAAUGUUUAGAUAAUCGUGUAGUAAAUCAUAGUCGUUGUUCAAAUGGUCAACGUUUUAAUAGAAAUAUGGGUCGAUGUACAUCUGCUGAUCAAGUACCUUGUCUUGGUAGGUAUUUUUUCACUGAUGAAUGUUAUUCAGUUAUCUCAUAG